AUGAACAUGAAGAGCCCGAAGGGAAGAGGUAAACCCGCUGUGGAUGAAGAUUCUGGAAUCGCCACACAAGAAAACGCCUCUCAUCGAGCCCAUUCAUCCCGCCAGGCCAACAAACAGCAAGUAAGACACAGGGCAUCUGUUGCAUGUGCGUCUUGCCGCGACAGAAGAAUCCGAUGCGUCGUUCCAAAGGGUGAAUCUGAGUGUGUUCAAUGCAAGAAGGCUGGCAAUGAGUGCAUAAUAAGAAACGACGAUGAACGGAGGCGGCCGAUAUCCAAAGCGUACAUGUCUUCCCUAUCCGACCGUAUCUCGAUGCUUGAGGGGAUGCUGCUGGAAAAAGGAGUUGAGCCGCCUCCUGCUACACAUCCUCCGAAAACGAGGCAUGAAAAUCAACCCAACCCUCCAGAAGAGGAACAAAAGCGGAAUGGAAUGCAGUCCAAGCCUCACAAAUCAUUGGUUCAUCCGUUUCGAACGGAUGUUCCGUCUCCGCCAGACUCCGUGAAUGAUGAAUAUGCGAUGCAAUUCAGCGAUCGCGCCGACAGUGCCCAUGCCGACGGCCCAGUCCCAGCAAAUUUUGUCUCCCAGCCCUUACCAAAAGAACAGUCUCCUUUCCGUAAGCUUGACUCAAAACACGAAGAUAUUGUCCAACGUCUCCUAUCCACGAAAGGAAACCUGUCUUUCGACCAGCUUUCUGGCCGCUUACGCUUCUUUGGGCCGACUGCGAACUCGCACGUUUACGCCGGGACAUCGUACAAGUUUGACUCCCGCGAGCCUCCCGAGCAAGUACGACGUGCCGAACGGAUAAUAAGAUCGCUGAGUAUAGGAACGCACGAUUAUCUUAUGGAAAACUUCUGGGCACAUUAUAAUUCGGUUCUGAACAUCAUUCAUCAAGAUGCUUUUGAAGCCGACAAAGAGUCCCAAAAUCCAACAUUCUACUCGUCUUUUCUUCACAUCUGCAUUCUCGCUAUUGCUUUCCGUUUUGUAGACGCUGAUCGAGAGGACAUGAAGAGAAUUGCGUUGGGCAAUCGGGAAAGUACUUUGCACCGGGAGGCCAAAUACAUGCUCGACAUCGAACUUGAACGCCCAGGCGGGAUUCCUAGCGUGCAAGCCCUCCUGCUUUUGGGGGACCUAGAAUGCGGUGUCGGCAGAGAUAAUACAGGUUGGAUGUAUGCUGGGAUGGCAAAUCGACUGGCGUUUGACAUCGGCCUUCACCUAGACUGCCGCAGUAAUGAUAUCAGCGAACAAGAGGUUGAUAUUCGUCAUAUGGUAAUGAGAGCCUGCGUGAUUUACGAUAGGUACUGGGCGUUGUUUCUCGGUCGACCGACGAGUAUCAAAAACCAGGACAUUGAGAUGGACUUGCUCUCACGCCGCUUUUCUCAGUUAACGUCACUCAUGAGUGGACCGGGAGCCCUGAAGAAGAACAUCACGGCUGAUAUUUAUGACCACUUAAUAGAAUUGAUGGAACUUGCUGGUCGCAUUGUCGAGACUCGAGAUCAUGGGCAAGCGCAGGAAAAGCAACGAGAAGACGCUACUGAUAACGCGCUCAAUCCGCCACAGAGCGAAUACAACGCAUACCUCCAUGCUAUCAACCUGGAUCGUCAACUACAGAACUGGUACAGACGAUUGCCAGAGCACCUACAGUGGAAACCUUCCGUCAUCAAAAGCGCACCAUCCAGUUAUUUCCUUUUACAUCAACAAUAUCACGCCUCCAUGAUUCUUCUACACCGGCCAUGGGCCAGGUACAGUGAAAUUGUCGGCGACAGUCACAGCACCGCGUCUCAGCCAACUAAAACGUCGGGUCGCGAGUCAAGAAAUGUUCAAAGCCAGCAUUCGUCCCCAUCGUCCAGCCAGACUCGAGGAAUCAAUGAUAAAAACUCGAUAGCAGACGAGAGCAGAACAGCAUUGUCUCGGAACAUCUGUACGCAACAGGCAGUUAGGGUAGCGCGUAUCUUUGGGCAGCAUCGCCAGCGGUUUGACGGCACCAAGAUCUUCGUCACAGGAAUUCAACAAGCCGGAACAGCAGCAAUGGCCUUGAUAGCAGCAUUGGCUUACAACCACAGCGAAUUCGAAAGACGAGCGUAUCUUGGAUAUCUCGAAAUUCUCUCAAGUGCCGUCAGCGAUAUGAGUCAUACCUACCAGCCAGCAUCUCGAAUGGAUGAUUUGCUCAAGGCGGUCCUGGUACAGCUUCGAGCCGAUAUUGGUGGUCAUGGUAUCAAGAGAGAGUCACCUAUCACCUCGACGGGCGGUGAUCAAAGUGUGUGUGCGAGCUCCGAGUGGAAGAGAGGCGUGGGCACGACUUGCCCCACUCUACCAGCGAGGCGUGAAGCAGACACUGAAAGCAGUCAGAUACAUAAGAGACGGCGUCCAUCGAAGAGCAGUCGAAGGUCUUCGGAAUUUACCCGUCGGCCGCCGCCUUUCUUUUCGGCGUAUUCUCAGCCAACGCUAUUAAGGACCUCGCAGGGCCAGCCGUCGACCAGUCAUCUGCCACCAUUGGACCCAGCAAUGUACUCAAUAGACGGCAAUGAUGUACAGAGCUUUAAAUUGGACUUCUUGGAUGGCUCUGCAAUUGAUAAUGACCCUGAAGAAACCUCGGAAGCAACAAUACAGCCUGCCGAAGACUUUGUGCUCGUCGCAUCGGAAUCUGAUGGCUGGACAUUCAGCAGAGUAGCUACUGAAGAAGCAAUACAGCAAAGAAGCCUUGGAUAUGACAAAGUAAAUUUGAAUGGAUGGAGGAUUGCGACAACUGGCACACACGCUGCAUCCGCUCUUGGCCGUUCACACUCCUUUUCAUCGGUGUUGCAGCACAAUGAGCGAGGGGAAGAUAGGACGAAGGGAGACGAAUCGACUGCCCCACGAGGACUAUUUAGCGACCAACUAGCACAGCAGCUCUCUGAGCUCUCUGAUACUGUGAAAGAGGAUGCCGCAACAUCCAUAGCGCCGAACUCAAGCGGCCCCGGCGACAUGGAUUGGAUGUGCGACUCGAGUGGAUUGAAUGCCCUGAGCCCUGUGAGUCUGAGUGGACUAGUACAAGAGGCAAUACCGGAUAAAGGAGAGAGUGAGUCUGCAGGAACUCACAGAAACCACGAACUAGAUUUUUUCAGUUUUUGA